UCCAAGGAAGCCUUGUGAUUAAGCACCAGAAGAAGAAAAAAAAUGGAUCAAUUAAUUAGACUAAUCCUCCCAACUUUUACUCUAAUUAUCUUUAUCUCGAUUCCCAAAUCAUUAUCUGUUCCAAACUUCUUGCAAACUCACUGCCCAAACACCACUAUUUUCGCCAACAAUAGUCUAUACGAAGCGAAUCUCAACACCGUAUUUCGUCUUCUGUCUUCGAAUGCCACAAAUCCAAACGGCUACCAUCAAGCGGUUUCCGGCAACAGCGACACCAACGACGUCAUUUACGGACACUUCCUCUGUCGCGGUGACCUGAACGCUAGCUCGUGCCGAGACUGUGUCACCACCGCAACCACGACCGACCUCCCUAGGAGAUAUUGUCCCAAUCGAAGGGAUGCAAUAAUAUGGUACGAGGAGUGCUUAGUCAGGUAUUCAGACCGAUCAUUUUUCAACGAAGUGGAUGUUUCUUCGACGUUCAUCUAUUCAAGCCCGCAAGCGAUAACAGGCGAUGCUACUCGGUUCAUGGGGAUUAUGGGGAACAUGAUGGCUAAUGUGAUUGCGGUCAGAGCUGCAAUUGGCGGACCUCUACAGAAAUUUGCGGCAGAUUUUGUGAAUUUUACGAGCAAUUAUAAUCAGACGAUAUAUGGUUUAGGGCAUUGUACACCGGAUUUGAUCUCAGGUGAUUGUAAUACAUGUUUGAUGAGUGCUGCUGGUAAAUUUAGGAUGAAUCAAGGUGGAGUAAUUUUGCAGCCUAGCUGUGUCGCCCGAUACGAGAUUUAUCCUUUCUUUAACAUGUCGUUUGUGCCCCCUCGCGCUAACUUUACCCAUACCGCUGGAGAAGAGACGAAUAUAACAAUAAUGAAUAACUGCGACUACACAGUAUGGCCGGCGAUUUCGACUAACGGAGAUUACAUUUCCGAAUUCCGUGUUCCGAGCGGAUUUCGUCUCCUCCGAGGGGAAUCCAACACCAUAAACAUCCAGUCGAAUUGGGCGGGUAGCAUAUGGGGAAGGACCUUAUGUUCAGUAGAUAACUCUGGAAAUUUCACUUGCCAGAACGGCGACUGUGGUACCGGUAUGAUCGAGUGCCAAGGCACGUCGUUAUCACAUCCUGUGACAGUCGCCGAGUUUCGUAUCGGCCAAAUUGAGAACCAGGACAUGUACGAUGUCAGCAUCAAUGCAGGAUACAAUCUGCCUAUGAUGGUAGCUCCACAAGGUGUGACUAGAGACGACCUUUGCGCGAUAAUUGGUUGUGUGUUCGACCUUGACGAAACCACAUGCCCGUCAAGGUACAGGAUAACAAAUGGGAAUAUGAGUGCGAUGGGGUGUAGAAAUCCUUGUUCUGUGACUCAAGAUUGUUGUAGAACAGGGUUGUUAUGCCAGAAUAGUGACUACAUAGAAUCGACAAGUGUGUUUGGAAGUUCGUGCCCACGGGCGCAUAUUAUUCCUUCCGACUUGAUCACUAGGACGUUCAGAUGCGAGAGCUACCGAACGUCAUAUGUGCUUACAUUUUGCCCUUCUCCCAACAUGACAAGUUUGUUCUCGACACCAAUGCAAACAAAUGAAACAACACAAGAGUCUAUACCCCCGUCAUCACUAGCACUACCGUCAGGAAAUAACACAACUAUUGUUACGAGAGUAGCGGUUUCAAUCGUUGUGCCAAUAGUUGCGGUGGCGUUGCUAAUUGCUUUAUGCACGAAUCACUUUCGCAAGAAGGCCAAGAAAGCGAAGAAGGCAUCGGAGUCUCUAUCUCUAGACAUUGGAAAUGGGCUUGAGGAUUUCACAACUACUGAUUCUUUGAUGUUCGAACUGAACACCCUUCAAGCUGCAACAAACAACUUUUCAAAUGAUCAAAAGCUUGGUGGAGGCGGAUUUGGCAAUGUCUACAAGGGAGUCCUACCGAAUGGAAAAGACAUAGCAGUUAAAAGGCUAUGCAGGAUCUCUGAACAGGGAAUAGAAUCAUUCAAGAAUGAGGCUGUAUUGAUAGCCAAGCUUCAACACAAAAAUCUGGUUCGGCUUUUGGGAUUUUGCUUAACAAGAGAGGAGAAGCUUCUUGUGUAUGAAUAUGUUCCUAACAAAAGCCUCAACUGUUUUCUAUUUGAUCCUAGAAAACAAGCAGAACUGGAUUGGCCUACACGCUACAACAUUAUCACAGGCAUUGCUCGAGGAUUACUCUAUCUUCAUGAAGACUCUCGACCUAGGAUAAUCCACCGUGACCUAAAAGCAGCUAAUAUCUUGCUUGAAGCUGAUAUGAACCCUAAAAUUGCAGACUUUGGUUUGGCGAGGAUCUUCGAAGCUGAACAAACAGAGGAGGGCACAAGCAUAAUUGCUGGAACAUAUGGCUAUAUGGCACCAGAAUAUGCAAUGUACGGACAGUUUUCCAUAAAAUCAGAUGUAUACAGCUUUGGCGUGUUACUAUUAGAGAUUGUAAGCGGCAAAAGGAUCAAUAACAAGUUCCUUCAAUCCGGACAAGGAGAUCUCUUGACAUGCGCUUGGAGAAGUUUGAAAGACGAAAAACCUUUGGAGUUCAUGGAUCCAACAUUGAGAGAUUCAUACUCGAUUGAUGAAGUCUUAAGAAGCAUACAUUUAGGGUUAUUAUGUGUACAAGAGAAUGCAGAUGAAAGGCCAAACAUGUCAACAAUCGUGUUCAUGCUCAAUACCAACUCUACUAAUAGUACACUUUCGACACCUCAACGGCCUCGAUUUUGUACACUUGCGAUGAGGCCGAAUCAGCAACGUUCAACAUCGACAUCAACCUCCUGUGACUCAAUGCCAUACACACAUAAUCAAGUAACAAUUAGUGAGAUGAAUCCAAGGUAGAUGGUUUAGCUUUGUAAUUAGUAUUCUAAUUGUUGAAGAUGGAAAACCUACCUCAAUAAUUUGGAGCCUUAUGCAGCAGGAUUUUGUUGUAUCAAUGUUUCAUUCAAUUUUGUUUCACAAACAAUAUUUUUGAUGGCAUUGUUUGUGUUUGUAUAUUACUCAUCAA